AUUUUUAUUUCUCAAGGGUUCUUGGUUCAGAAAUUCGUUGACGGUCCCUAAGUGAACUGUCGCUGGUUGGGUGGCGAUGCAGCCGAGAGGAGCGAGCCGAAGUCUGAGUCCCUAAAUCGGAUAAACUAUGAGCAAGACGCCGCUGACUACGCUAGCUUAGAAUUAGCCAUUUUUUAAAGACUCAAAUAAAUUGUCUUUACAUUCACAAAGUUCUUGAAAGAUCGAUAUUUCGGACCCGGCCAAUCUUCAAUUCUCAUCCGGGUGACUGUCUCUUUAAAAUUCAGUGUUCUGGACGUUAAAAUCGCUUUUCUUGACGGUCCCGCAACUUUUUUGACUGCUAACUCUGCCAUCUUGAUCUCCCCCCCUAGUGUGUACUUGCUGUCUUCCCUAUCCCAACAAAGCUUCUAAAACACGCCCGGAAUGAUUUCAGCGUAACCACAGGAAGUUCUACUUACUGGUUCCGGUGUGGAUUUACCGAUAAAAUAAACUUUUCACGGCAAAACAGCUAAGGGGUUAAAUAUGUGGGGUGAGAUCGACCCUCCCGUUAAAUCACCACCGAGUCCCCGUGAGAGUAAAGACAAGAGCAAGUUGCCAGAAGCACCAGAGGUACAGUCGCAGAAAUGGGAGUUUGACAGACCCAGAGAGACCCAGCAGCCGCUGCAGGACUUCCAGUGUGUGAGUCGGGCCGAGUCUAUCUGUGUCAAUGCCAUGAUAGAGGCUGUAGCCAUGAGUGGGAGUCUGGUGAAGAGCCAGCAGAUGGGAGAGGCUGAACUCACUGUGAAUGAGCGCAAAGAGGAGCUGCUGUAUCAGUACAGGAGCAGACCCCUGGUGUUCCUGGAGAGGUACCAUGCCUGCUUAAAGCCCCAACACCUGUCAGCGUUUGCUCACGUCAGCUCAGACCCACGAACCCAGCACUACAGCAAGGUGAUACAGAGACGAGCCACAGGACACACCAACAGGACCAGAGUCAGAAACAAGCGCUAUGCUGCCCUCAGGGCUCUGCAGAAGGAGGGUCAGUAUUUCAGUGAAGAGGAGAUGCGAAUGAGGGAGCCGCUGCUGUAUGAGCAGUAUAUUGGCCAAUACCUGACUGAUGAAGAGGUGCUGGAGCGCUCUCAGGAGGCCAUGUCGGAUGGCGCACAGGGAGCACCAGGGGCACAAGGGGGAAGCACGGGAGGGCUCGCCCACCUCCUCCUCAACUCUUACCAGGAGCGGCUCAUUCAGAAUCGUCUGCAGGAGGAGCAGGAGAGGGAGGAGGGUGCGCUGGAGGAAGACGAGGAUGACGAAGAUGAUGAUACUGGAGUCCAGCAGAAAGGAUGGGAGCCGACCCCGAAAGAGAAGACUCUGCUCAGAGAAGAGUUCAUCAGUCAGAUGCACCAGCGCUUCCUCGACGGUAAAGACAAGGAUUUCAACUACAGUGAGGUGGAUGAGAACCCAGACUAUGACAACUUGGACAUCGUCAGCAGAGAUGCGGAGGAUAAAUAUUUUGAUGAUGAUGAUGAUGAUGAUGAAGAAGAAGAGGAAGAUGAGGUAGAACAUGAUGCAAAGGAAGAAAAUAUGACAGAAUAGCAUCUGUCCUAUUUAUAACACCUGCUUUGAUUGAACUGUAAAUACAAAUGUACAAAAGAAGUAUUCUGUUUGUAAUUUUACAUCUGAUUUCAAACAAAGACUGUAAUAAACA